AUGAAAAAGUUUAACAUCAGGAAGGUGCUGGACGGUCUGAAGGAGGCGUCAUCGUCCACUCCGACUGUCCAAGUAGGGCCACAGGAGAACCAUCUCAUCCCAGAGAGCCUCCAGUCUGAGCAUUUCCAGCUCUGCAAGACUGUUCGUCAUGGCUUCCCCUACCAACCCUCAGCUAUGGCGUUCGACCCGGUGCAGAAGAUCCUGGCCAUAGGGACACAAAGUGGAGCUCUGAGAAUCUCGUUACUCUGUGAUGAAGCCCUCAACUUGGCUCGCACCCGGCUAUGA